GACAGCUGCUUCUCCGCCGCCCGAGGCCUUAGAGGCUACCGGGUUCAACCGCGUGCGGGCGGGGAUUCAACGCUCCUCUGACGGCGCGGCUGGCGGACGUCACCGGCAGGACGCCCCAAAGCCGGGGUUCUCCGCAGCCGGCCCCCUCGGACUACCCGCCCCCUGCAGGACCGCGGGCGGUGACCCGGCGCGGGCGGGCGUGCUGGGCGCGGGCUCGGCCGCUGUUCCCCAGACGCCGCCGAGAGACCCGGGCCGUGCCGCCAUCAUGGCGCGGGUGCUGAUCGUGGGCGCCGGUCUGACCGGAAGCUUGUGCGCCGCGCUGCUAAAGAAGGAGAUAUCCGGUCCCCUGUAUGUCACCGUGUGGGACAAGGCUGGGGACGCAGGAGGAAGAAUGACAACGACAAGCAGUCCUCACAAUCCCCAGUGCACAGCUGAUAUGGGUGCUCAGUAUAUCACCUGCACUCCUCAUUAUGCCAAAAAACACCAAACUUUCUAUGAUGAACUGUUAGCUCAUGGGAUUCUGAAGCCUCUUACCUGGCCUAUUGAAGGAAUGAAUAUGAAAGAAGGAGACUGCAACUUUGUGGCCCCUCAAGGAGUUUCUUCAAUUAUUAAGCAUUACUUGAGACAAUCAGGUGCAGAAGUCUACUUCAGACAGUGUGUGACCCAGAUCAACCUGAAGAAUGACAAAUGGGAAGUCUUCAAGGAAACAGGCUUCUCUGAGCAGUUCGAUCUUGUUGUCCUCACCAUGCCAGUUCCUCAGAUUUUGCAGCUUCAGGGUGACAUCGUGAACUGUGAGUUUCCCUUGCUGUUCCCCUGCUCAGACAAUGGUAUUUCUUUAAUAAUGUGAAUUGACUCUUAGUGAAGAAUAUAACAUAGAUUGUAUUGAUUUUAUGUCUUAAAAACUGCUUUAGUCCCCUUUCAGAUAUUAGUCUAGGUGAAACUAAAUACUGUACAAUUUUUUUGACCAGUUAAAGUUGAACAUUUUUCUUACUACCCCUGCCUUCAGGAAGUCAAUAUUGUUCAUGUGCAGUGGUGUGACCUAAAUGAACAAUGUCUUUAGGACUAACCCAGAAAAAAAAAAAAAAGAAGGUUUUUAUGACACCAGUUCUUACUUGGGUUACCUAGUUUCCUAUAUUUUUGUUCUCUGGGUUGCCCUCUGUGUUUGAGGAAAUUAUCUAGCACCAUUGUGAAAAAGAGGUGCAAAAGAAGGGUGAGGGUCAAUAGGUGAGGAGGAGGAGGAAAUUAUACUGAAGAAGUUAGAAGUAUGCUAAAAGAACCAAAUUAAUAAUAAAGGAACUAAAAUUGAAAAGAAAUUUUUUGUCUGAUAAUAAAAGAAAAAAGUAUUUUCUGUGAAAAUAACAAAGGUAAA